CGUCAGCGGAGAGCUAUCAGUGUACGUGAAGGCGGGCGUGGACGGCGAGAGGAUGGGCGCCUGUCCCUUCUGCCAGAGAGUCCUCAUGGUCCUCCUUAUCAAGUCCCAACACAACCUCUUGAGAUUUAAGGUCAUCACCACCAACCCAGCCAAGCCUCCUGCAGAAUUCAAGGCCCUGGGUCUGAAGCACGUGCCCGCCCUCAUCCACGGGGAUGACGGCUUCGACGCCCUCGACGAUAUCAUCCAUUACCUCGACACGAAGUUCCCAGGAGGUGGACUGGAAUACAACAGCGCCGAGGCAGACCUAGCAACCAAAGACUUCUUUUCCAAAUUCUGUUUCUACAUAAAAGCCGUCAACCAAGACCCUUCAAAGCUCGACCAGGCUCUGCAACGCCUCAACAACUUCCUAGAGAGGACGCACAUUGCAAACGGGAUAUCCAACGGAGAUGCAGAUCUUCAGGUUGACGAGGAUGAGGGUAGCUCAGGUGCGCAAAUACAGUACCUUGGCGGAAGCAAUUUAACGCACCUUGACUGCGAGGUACUGCCCAAACUACAGCAUUUGCGCGUGGCAGCCAAAGCACUCAAGGACUAUGAUAUCCCAACGAAUCUCCGCGGUUUCUGGCGGUAUCUCCAUGCUGCCUACACCAACCCAGUAUUCAUAAGGACCUGUCCCUGCGACCAAGAGAUUAUCCUUCACUGGCACGACAGACCUGAAACUCCGAAGCUCUCCCAUAAAAAGCACUCUGUAAUUGCAAAGGAGAAGGAGAAAUAUUCCUUUGAUGUCCCGGUUCACGCCUGUGUGGUAACAGUGGUGAAUGAAUAGUGGAUGAAAAUUUGCCUAAACAGUAAAUUAAUGAUAUUAAUAUU